GUUUUGGGCUUGUGCUAGAUCAACAUUUGAAGCUGAACUCAGGAAGAACUUGGAUAAAUUAGCACAAUUAGGCAAAGAUAUUUCUAAUGACUUGGUAAACUUCAAUCCUAAUAGAUGGUCCAAAGCACAGUUUAGGACAUCCUCAAAAUGUGACAGUGUGGAUAACAAUAUGGCUGAAAGUUUUAAUGCUUGGGUGUUGGGUGCUAGGCACAAGACUAUCAUCAGUAUGCUUGAAGAAAUAAGGAAAAAGGUAAUGAAUAGAUUCACUAAAGUGAUAACAUUUGUAAAUAGUUGGACUCAUGACAUUUCUCCAAUGGCAAUGUUGGUGCUAAAUACAAAUGUGAAGAAGUCAAUAAGGGUGGAAAUUAGUUGGAAUGGUGAUAUUGGGUAUGAAGUGAAGGAUAGUCCAUAUAUACAUGUGGUUAACCUAAUUCAAGGAACUUGCACUUGUAGAAGUUGGGGAUUGAAAGGGAUUCCUUGUGCACAUGCAAUAGCAGCUAUACAUCACGAUGAAGCUAAUCUCCUUGACUCGAUUUGCAAGUGGUACAAAAAAGAAACCUACCUGAAAGCUUAUAAACAUUUUUUACAACCAGUAACAAACAUGAAGAUGUGGCCUGAGACAUUGAAUCCAAAAGUUGAGCCACCUCCUGUUAGGAAAAUGCCAGGAAGGCCUGGUAAAAAAAGAAAGAAGGAACUUGGAGAGGUACCAAGUUCUGGAAAGCUUCCAAAGAGGGGAAAAACCAUGAGUUGCUCCGCUUGUAAGUCAAAAGGUCACAAUAUAAGAACAUGUCCAAACAAACCUCCAGCCACUUCAGAGGGUAUUGCUACAUCACAAGCAUCUGCCAGUAGUAAAAGAAGUGGCAAGCAGAAAUCUCACCCCACUCAAGCAGUGCAACAAUCUCAAUCUUCUGAACCAUCUCAAGCAAUAGUGCAAAGUGACAAUGGUAAUAGAAAAGGUGCAAAUAAUGCAUUUAAGAGGCCAAGAGUAGUGGGUCAUGGAGUAUUUGUGAGCAAAGAUGGUUUUAUUUGUGCCGAGCAAGGAAGAUCUAUUAGUAGGGUAAUCAAGAGUGGAGCACAAGAGAAACUGAUAAGUUCAGCUAUUGUCACCGGUGACCUUGGGUAUGCACCAAGUAAAGGUCUUAAAUGGAAGGGGAAAAGUGCUAUCACAGGAAGACAACUUCAACAUAAAAGUGCUUUGCUUAGACAGAAGAACAUCAAGUCACAAACUUCAUCACAAGGUGCAACAAGAACUGAAGGUGUUUAGGGAUGAUGUGGCUGAUUUUUCAUGUGGCUCGAACUAUUUUUAAGUCACGUAUUUUGGUUGUGAAUAGGACGAUGUCG